AUGAGUCAGGACAACCCAGGGGCACGUCGCGUCAACUGCGUUCGACUAUGCCGAAAUGCGUGCCUCUGCGUCUCUGCCUUUCUAAAGAGGCAGUGUUAA